CUCGCAGGAGCGCGAGGCGGCAGCGCCCGACCCCCGCCUUCUCCGCAGCCGCGCCCCCGCCCCUCGCGUCCCGACGGGUCGUGGCUCAGCCGCCGUCCUGGCUCGUUCUUCGGAAGGUGUGGACUGCUGCGCGUCCCCGCGGCCUGCAGGCAGAAUGAUCCCCGAAACUGGCUUCCUGCAAGCCCACUGCAGAAUCCCCUCACCUAAUCCUUAGGGCCGGGGAAACACACCUUAGGGUGUGUCUGAAGGAUGCCGAGUGGGCAGCCGGUGAGAGGCGCACACAAGACACGAGAGGGGCCUCGGUGCGUGGUCCUGAGUUCUGUGCGGGGAGACCGAGGCAGGGCUCCGCAGCCAGCGCCCAGAUGACGGGGUCGCGGCGAGCACUGCAGCCGGUACUGAGGUCUUACCGGGGGCGAGCUCUGAAUCCAACGCCGCCCUGCCCGAGCUUACUCUCAGAACAACCCUACGCAGAAGGUUUAGUUAACCAGUUACUUUCCUGGUCUUGUUAACUGUGCUGCGGUUAUGAGUGUUCCCUGAAAGAUAACACUUGUUAUUGUCCCCUCUGACCAUUGGAGCUGGAAUGGCUGCAGUGUUACUUCCACGGGCUCCUGAAGAGCCAGAGGGGCUCUUCAAAGGAAACAACAAAAAAGGUCCUGCCAAGGUUCAGGGAUCUGGCCCACAGGGGAGCAGCCCAAAAAGCCAGGAGCUAUUCCACCAGCGCUUCCGACAAUUCUGCUACAAGGAGACUCCUGGACCCCGUGAGGCCUUGAGCCAGCUCUGGGUGUUCUGCUGUGAGUGGUUAAGGCCUGAGAUACACAGCAAGGAGCAGAUGUUGGACUUGCUGGUGCUGGAGCAGUUCCUCACCAUCCUGCCCGAGGAGCUCCAGGCCUGGGUGCGGGAGCAGCACCCGGAGAGCGGGGAGGAGGCCGUGGCUGUGCUGGAGGAUCUGGAGAAGGAAUUGGAUGAACCAGACCAGCAGGUUUCAACCCAGACCUGUGCACAGGAAGUGCUUUCUGAGACUUCGGAACCUCUGGAUCCAGCUAAGGAAGCAACAUAUCUCCAGCCUCAACCCAUGGAGAUCCAGCUUAAGGGUGAAUCUCAGGACCCUCAGCACCAACAGGAUUGUGAUGAUGUGAUCGGAACUGAGAAAGGAGAACUGAUUCAAAAGCAGGAGUUUACUGUAGAUAUGGAGUCUCCAAAAACGUUCUCUGGCCAAAUGAAUGGAAAGGUCCCUGAAUGUGGAGAGACCCAAGAACAUGAAGGAUGGACAAAAAGAUAUCAGAGAAACACUUCAACUGAGAAAAGAUAUAAGUGUGACGAAUGUGGGAGAAGAUUCACUCAAAACUCAAGCCUCAUUAGACAUAAAAGAAUCCACGCUGGAGAAAGACCCUAUUCAUGUAAUGUGUGCGGCAAAACUUUCAUCCAGAGCUCUCAACUUAUUGACCAUCAGAGAAUACAUAACCGGUUAAAACCCUAUCAGUGUGAUGAGUGUGGAAAAGCCUUUUAUUACAGUUCACACCUUGUUCCGCAUCAGAGGACCCACACUGGAGAAAAACCUUUCCAAUGCAAUGGGUGUGGGAAAGCUUUUCACUGCAGCUCAGGCCUUGUUCGACACCAGAGGACCCACACAGGAGAGAAGCCGUACCAGUGCAGCGACUGUGGGAAGGCUUUCUGUCUGAGCUCACAUCUGAUUCAGCAUCAGAGAGUCCACACUGGCGAGAAGCCAUACCAGUGCAGUGAGUGUGGGAAAAGCUUCAGCCAGAGCUCAGGCCUCUUCCAUCACCAGAGAAUCCACAGUGGGGAGAAACCCUAUGAGUGUGAUGAGUGUGGAAAGGCCUUCAGCCACAGCUCAGCGCUGGUGGGGCACCAGCGCAUCCACAGCGGAGAGAAGCCCUAUGAGUGUGACGUAUGUGGGAAAGCUUUCCGGCGGAGCUCACACCUCAUUGUACAUCAGCGAAUCCACACUGGAGAGGAGCCCUGGUGAUUGUCGGCGCUCAUUCCUGCAGAACGCCAGAAAAGCACGGCUAGCAGAGGGCGCCACCGUGACAGUGGGGAAUUCUGUGAUCACCGCGGCAGUUGGCACGGCCAUGUGUCAGGCCAUGCUCCGGAGCCGAGACAGGUGAUCCCCAGGCAGCUUACCAAACGAGCACGUCCUUCCACAUGCUCGGACUUCCAUCUCUGAAGCCAGGGCUCAGGAAACCUCAGUGACCCGUAAGAUGGGUACUUGGGGGCUGUAGAGACAGCUGCCGCCCCCUCCCUCCUCCUCCCCCCUGUUUUCUUUGGAGUUAGAAUAACGGUCUUGUCUGAAGUGUGCAUUUAGAGUUAACAUCUCAUCUACAUAAAAAAAAAAUCCUGCAUUUUAGGUUAACUUGAUAAAAGACAUCAGCCUAUCAAUUAUCUACAUGAAAACUUUGUGAAUACAAAAACCACUCUGUAAUCUGGGAUGAACGAUUUGUGCAGGUAGGAAAGGAGGGUGGAUCACGCACAUUCCAGUGACCCCUCACAUCUUCCACCAGAGAUGGCAAACGGGCCAGUGGGCUGUAUUUGGCCUGCAUGUGUAUUUUUCCCAAAUGCUAUUUUCUUCAAUAAUAUAUAAAAUUAUUCCAAAUUUUUAAA